AUGGAUGCCACCGAGGAUCGCGAUGUGAAGCUUCAGCGGGCUUCUGGAGAUCUGGUCGCCGAGUUUUCAGUCAAAUUGCCCUCGCUGUUGUGGAAAUCUCAAAAUGGCACCUCCCUCCGCACCUUACGUAAAUGGACACAGGUCACUAAGACAGAGAAGCUGGUCAGCCUUCUUGAACCUUUCCAAGAGUGGCCUCAGCUCCUUGAUCCUCAUCUGCAGAAGUUGUUGCCUCCUUUAGUGGAUGCUUUCUUGGCUUAUUUAGUUAAGCAUCGUGCUCACUAUACGACUGUUCCUGCAAAAAGCGCACAAGGAGCUGAUAUCUAUCCUCUUCCAAGAGCAAUUUGCAGACUUUUGUACACUUUCUGCAAAGUCCGUGGCGUCAAGGUGAUAAGCAGAUUUUUGAACAAUGAGCCGAAAUACCUUGAAUCGAUGCUUCGGGGCUUUAUUGAAUGGGAUUUGAUUCAGCAGUCGUCAAACGAAGAUACCUUUGACUCAGAGCCCCAACGAUUGAUAUGGGAAGAGCGCUACGUGAUGCUAGUCUGGCUGUCUCACCUUCUACUUGCUCCAUUCGAUCUGUCGUCUUUGUCAUCGGAUGAUAUCCCAGUUCCCCAUGACAAUUUGAAACAACUGAAUUGGCUGCCGUCUGAAACCCCCAUGGUUGCUAAAUCACUUCUUUCUUUAUCAUUGCAUUACAUUGGUGCGGCAGGAAAGGAACGUGAGGCGGCCACUGCUCUUUUGGCGCGAUUGGCGUUGCGGGGAGAUAUGCAAGCUCUCGGGGUCCUGAAGGGCUUGACUCAAUGGGCUUUCUCAAAGUUCCAACCAGACAAUUAUUCUGAAACGCCCUCUGUUCACGCCUGCAUUGGCGUGCUUAGCUUUAUCGCUCGUUUGGGUGCAUCUGGUCAAGUGGAAGACUUUGCUCCCCUGCUUCAAAAUGUGUUCCACAAAACCCUCAGUGUGAGCCAAGGACAGUCUCCAGUGUCAGUCACCAUUCGGUCUUCAGCUUUAGCCCGGAAGAUUGUGGUCAAAAUUCUUCGCAACAUUACCGUCAUGGCUUUGUCUUUGAGCGAACGAGGAGAAGGAAAAAUCACGGAUGAUCAACUAUCAACCAUAUUGGAAGAUUCAAUCGAUCACUUCUUGGUAUCUUUGGCCGACAAAGACACACCCGUGCGGUUUGCUGCAAGUAAAGCACUCAGCAUCAUCGCUCUCAAACUAGACCCAGACAUGGCGACUGAGGUCAUUGAAGCCGUCAUUGGCUCGUUGGGUGAGAACAUACUUUUUGAGAGUGAUGACGGUGCCCUCAUUACGCCAUUUGAGGCACGCAAGAUUGGUACACAUACCCUGAGACGCAAUCUCAGUGCUGUUGACGCUCAGCAAUGGCAAGGUCUGAUCCUGACGUUAUCCCACUUGCUUUUCCGUCGAGCACCGCCAACCCACCAGCUGCCUGAAAUCCUCCAGUCACUUAUAGCUGGCUUGGAUUUUGAGCAAAGAUCUUCUACUGGUAGUUCUGUUGGAACCGGUGUACGAGAUGCUGCUUGCUUUGGCAUUUGGGCCCUGUCUCGAAAAUACACAACCUCGGAACUUCUAGCAUUGCAAUCCCAGGUGGUAGCGUCAUCAUCUGGACAGAAGGAGGUUGAUGUCUUACAGAAACUGGCCUUUGAGCUUGUCUGUGCGGCUUGUGUCGACCCAUCUGGAAACAUUCGGCGUGGCUCUUCUGCUGCCUUGCAGGAAUUAAUCGGUCGACACCCCAACACCAUUGCACAAGGCAUUCCUAUGGUGCAGGUUAUUGACUAUCACGCUGUCGCGCGACGCUCUCGUGCCAUGAUCGAUGUCGCCAAAGAAACGGCUUCUCUGGAUCAAAUAUACUGGAGUCCGCUUCUGAAGGCCUUGAUGAGCUGGAGGGGUAUUGGCUCCACAGACCCCGAGUCCAGGAGACAUGCAGCCAAGUCGAUUGCGUCUCUGAGUACGCAAGAUUCUUACAAAACCAUGCAGCAGGUCUUGGAUCUUUUGCUGCAAAAUUUCGCCAGCACGUCUCGAAAUGAUGUGGAAUCACGACACGGCUGUCUGUUGGCGUUUUCUGCCACUGUGGAUACCUUUACUUCUCGGUGGGAGGCAUUCUUGGAGACAAGAGAAUCAAGCGAGGCUAAGGCUAUGUCCUCACUAGCUCUCAAAGUCUGGCAUAUUUUUGGCUCCCAGUCAGGUCCUUCCGAUGACGACUUGACAUUCCAAACCUCACGUCCUGAACUCACAGCAGAAGCUUCAUCAUGUUUGAUAUCCUCACUUUCUCGGUUUGUAACCACGACAGGCUUGGUACAGCCUCCAGAAGCUCUCCUAGAUCGUGUACUGCAGAUCCUCUCCUUGUGUGUAUCGCGGAGCGAUGACAUUUCCAUCGAAACCUCCUCAAAUGCUUUUUGCCAACUGUUUCCCCUGCUAUCGCUCUCCAAGCAGGAAAAAACGGUUCGCGAUUGGUUCUCUCAUCUCCACAACUCAUCGAGGAUGCCGACAGGUCGCGGUCAAAUCUUAGCGCUAGGUGCUGUAUUCAAGCAACUUGCAGCUCAUCGUGAUCUCCAGGGAGAUGUUGUCACCGAGCUGAUCCGCUACACCCACAAGGAAGAGCUCAUUGAAAAACGAGUGACAGCUGUGAAGUGCGUAGCAACCAACAUAUUACCACACAUAGCCUCCACCGAUGAGCUUGCCAACAGAAUUCUAGAAUUCUUGAACGAUUACACAACUGACAGACGAGGCGACAUCGGAUCGCUCAUUCGGGUGGAAGCAAUUCAAGCAGUGGGGAUUCUAUUACAAAGGGAGUCGACAUCACGAUCACCCAUGAUUCAAAGCUUGGUUGGAUGUCUUUGUCGACUUGCGUGCGAGAAACUCGACAAAGUGAGACUACAAGCAUGGCUUUGUCUGCAAGGCUUCUGGGAGACGGCCGAAGACCUUCCGCCCCUCGAACGAAAAUUCGAACACUUCAGCCAUGUCUCAUCGCAAGAGUAUUUUGCACAGCUACUUUCACUGCACAGCAUCGAGUGGCUUCGUUUGCCUCUACUUCAGGGGCUUGCUACUUCCGCCAUCUCAGGUGCCGAGGGUCUUGUUCGAGCAUCUCGCUCAGCCCUAACUCAAUUCCUCCAUUCCCAAACUCAGGCCCAUCGUCAAAAGAUCUUGAUGGUGUUUCUACAGGAUUUCUCAACAAUAUUGAGCGAGAACCUUCAAGAUGAACGAUUCGCCAUUCCUGCUGUUGAGUUCAUUGCCUUCUUGGUUGAUAGCUAUAUUCCGGUCAUUCCCGAAGACUCUGAUAUAUGCUUCCGAAAGCUAUUUACGUUGGUUCAGAAAUCACAUCUAAAAUCGGCCAACAUUGCUCGCUUAGAAGCUGCUGUCAAAGCUUAUGGGGCUUUGACAAGAAUCGAUUCCCUGCGUGCCGGCGUCUUAAAAAAACUAACGGGAAUGCUCUUGCAUCCUUUCCCGAGGGUUCGCUCCAGUGCCGCAGAGUAUUUGUUUAUGGGGACAGAAUUGGAUGAUAUUAAGUACGAGGACUGGUCUGCUACCCCCAAGCAACUGAAACCUCAUGUCGAUGAUUUGAAGAUUACGCUCAAUCUGGAUAUCUGA